AAGGAAAUUAAUAUGAUAUUGAAAUAUUGCUUCGGAAUCUACAAAUUCAAUCCCAUAAUAAUCCAACGAGUAUCAGCAUUGCUUAAGGUUAAACCCUAUCCAGUCAAUGAGAACAUCCAAUAUCAGGGAGAAGUCAGAGUUAUUGAUGAUAAAUAUAAACUCUUGGGAGUGAUGCCUUUUCAAUAAGCUAAAGAAUAGGCAACCAAAGAAGAGAAAGAGAUCAUUCUUAUGAAUGAAAAUGUCGAACCUCCGCUAUGUAGAAUAUGUGACUAUUCUGAUGAGUUGGCAUAAAGAUUUCUCACAGAAAUUUCUCCACCCUUUAAAAAAUUAUAACCUUAAAGAAAUAUUAAAAUAGGAUCCAAAAUCACAUUUUAAGAUUUGCAGAUUAAAGUAAUAGCAGCAUAAACCAUUCUGAAAAAGCAGAAGAGAAUCAUUGUUAGCACUGUUUGUUUUGAAAAUGAAGUGUUGAUAUGCAAAAAUAUCUUCUAUAAAGUUAAGAAUAUAUGUUAAUUUUAGUUUAGGGACAUGUGCGAAUAAUUUAUGAAACCAUUAGGUAGUAUUAGAUCUCGUGAGUAUCAGGACACUUCAGAACAAUAUAGAUCUAAAGACGAAGAAAAAUAACCACAAAUAGAACUAGAAUAUGAAUUUGAGAAAAUAGGGGAAAUUGAAUAGCCUCAAGCGAUUCCAUAGUUGAAGAUUGAAAGAUAAAUUAAUCAAACAUAUUCUUUAACUACUAGGUAGAUCUUAAAUGAAAUAUGAAAGAUAAGAAUUAUUGAAUGCAGAUGAAGCAAUCAAAGAAUUCAAUUAAUAAUACAAAGAUAUUGAUAAGGAAGAGGGAGAAAUAAAUGAAGAAGAUUUGACCAAUGAGAAAAUUUGGCCCAAAUAAAAAAUUAAGAGGAAAAUAACCAAGUACACUUAUCCAAAAAAGGAUAUUGACACCAUUAUGAUGGAAAAGGAAAAAGUUGAAAAGGGAGAAAAGGUUUGAUGAUGUCC